GGACUCAGUUCGUCUGCCCUCUCAAAAAAAAAUAGGACUCACCAGUCACUGCCGCAGUGCCGCGCCACUUUCCCCACGCCCCUUCCUCUUCGCCGCCGCCUCCCGGGAGUCGAAACCCUAGCCAGCCAGCUCAUGGCCGGGGCGGCGGCUGUGGCGCUGAUGGUCGCGGCGGCGGCGGUGCUGUCGCCUGCCUACGUGGCGUUGGCGUCCAACUCGGAGGGCGAUGCGCUCUACGCCCUGCGGCGCGCGCUCGCGGACCCCCGAGGCGUGCUCCAGAGCUGGGACCCCACGCUCGUCAACCCCUGCACCUGGUUCCACGUCACCUGCAACCGCGACAGCCGCGUCACCCGCGUGGAUUUGGGUAACUCAAAUUUGUCAGGCAAUCUUGUUCCUGAGCUGGGCCACCUUGAGCACCUGCAAUAUCUAGAACUCUACAAAAAUAAUAUUCAGGGCACUGUCCCAGCUGAGCUUGGGAAUCUGAAGAGCCUUAUCAGUUUGGACCUGUAUAACAACAACAUCACAGGGACCAUACCAAAAGAACUUGGCAAGCUAAAAUCCUUAGUGUUCCUGCGACUUAAUGAUAACCGCUUGACUGGUCCAGUUCCACGGGAACUGACAAAAAUCUCUAACCUCAAAGUGAUAGAUGUCUCAAACAAUGAUCUUUGCGGCACAAUCCCAACUAGUGGGCCUUUUGAACACAUACCAUUGAGCAACUUCGACAAUAAUCCAAGGAUGGAAGGCCCAGAGCUACAAGGGCUUGCAACAUAUGACACAAACUGUUGAAGGCGCCAAGCAGCUCAUGGCACACGUGACAUGGACAUCAGCGGAUCAAAACUUUAUUGGAGCAUCUGGUAGGAAAGCAUGCCAGAUUGCCAGGUAGCCUGGUAUUGGUAGCCUGUAGCGUGCCUGCAAGUAAAAAAGCUGGAUGGCAAGUGGCAACUCACGCCUUGUAAAUAGUCUUAUCAAAGUCUUGUAUCUGAGUUGAGACCUCUUGGACUGAUGUACCGUAUGGUUUAUCUAUGAACUGGAACCGUGUAAAAUGCCAUGUGCCAGUUGAUUUUUGCUUUGGUCUGUAAUGCUUCCCUUCGGGAUAGGAUAGAUACUGUACUUCAUCUUUGAGGAACUCAUAUGUUGUUUGGCUGAUAAGCCAUGGCAGAAAGUAUUGUUGGCUGAUUUUUUUA